AUGCACGAUACGAUGAUGAUGAUGAUGAUGACUGCCAACAGUCUCAAUGCUCAUGUAUACCAUGACAAUCUGCUGCUUUUUAGCGGCCUAUUUACAGACCGACUCUGGUGGCUGAAUCUGUCGUCUUUUUGCUGGCAUGAGGAGGUUUGCUCAGGCGUGUUUCCUCCUCCAACGCGGUUUCAUGCAACUGCGUUGAGUGGAUCGCGGUUCUAUGUGUCCGGUGGAGAGUCGCCAAGUAUCGAUACAUCAUCUGCAAAGACAACUGCGCUUGAGCACGACUUGUUGGAGGUGUUUUUUAUUGAUUUGCAGGAUUUAGAUUGGGGAACAAUGGCAUGCGACUGGAAACCACGAAACCGCGCGCACCACACCAUGAAUGCAGUGGGAAAUAGCCUUAUUGUUUUUGGUGGGAAACCUUUGUUGGGCGAAGUCACAUCGUAUGAGGUGCGGGAAACGUUGGCGAGUGGAUUUUAUGCGAUACACGUUUUAGAUACUUCGACAGGAAUUUGGCGUGUCUUUUCUCAGGCAGUGUUCCCAGCCCUAUGGGGACACAGUGUACACAUGAUAAAUAGCUCUGCCAUUGUCAUAUAUGGUGGUUUUGAAACAACGCUGGAAAUGGAUGACGAUGGGGAAGAAAUGCCUACCGUUGCCAUGAAUAACUACAUUGGAUUUCUCAACUGCAAGAGCAUGGAAUACUAUCAAGCUCCCACACGCGUUUUAGGUCGUGCGUUGCACCAGUCCCAUGUUUGUGGCAACAAUUUGUGUGUAAUUGGUGGGAUUUCCGUGGAUGAAUCUCGUCUUGACCUUGUACAAAAACGAGACGCGUUUGAGGUUUCCUUGAUUACCUUCGAAACUAGUCCAAUGGCAUUUUUUUUGCAGAAUUGGCCCUUGGAAUACCUGGUUUCUGUGGUGUAUAACCAGCAACUUAUUGUAUUAAACACAAUGCAUGAUAUUUUUGUUCAGCGGAUGACUGGCGAUGAGCCAUGGAAACGUUAUCGGUGCGAUCCAAGUGCGCUAAAUACUGCACCGUUACCCAACAUUGCUUUUGCUAAAAACAAGGGAACUGGAGAGGGUACUGAAGGGAGGACAGAGUUAAUGCCUAUUUCUCUUGACGGACCAUUAUCAAGGCCAUCCAUUUCUCCUAUUUUGCUGAAGACGUUAUCCCGUCUUGGAUAUCUACUGGCUAACAUGUGA